AUGCGUGACGUUUCACCCAGUCACCUCAGCAAGAAGUUAAGAACCCUGCUCGAAGUGCGCGUCCUUUCAUCAACCCAACUCGGGAGACAAAUAAAGCGUACGUUUAUACGCGAUAAUUUGGUUUGGAAAACUAUGGACCCAGGUCAUAAACGGCAGGUGGUGGAGAAUCUGUUCCUAACGUUCGCAACAAAACAGGCGGAGCUGUUCAAACAGUACGAUGCGAACAGGAAGAAGCGUUCCAAGAUUUUCCUCCAGCGCCUACGCUACCAGCUGAAGCGCAAUGGCGAAGCCCAUCGGAAGGAAUGGAGCAGCAAGCUGGAAGCCGAACUGCUAGACAGCAUACCGACGCGCAAGAUAUGGAAGUUGAGCCGCAACGAUCGGUGGUUCCGGGAGCUGUUCCAGCAGGAGAACAACGAUCAGGAGCUGCUGCAGCAUUUCCGCAUGGAUCGUGGAAUGUUCGAUACGCUGGUGGCAAUGCUAAGCCACGAUCUAGCACCGCAUCCAUUGCUGGCGGCACAGUCCUGCAGUACGGAGAAAAAGGUUGGGAUCGGUUUGUACAAGCUAACGACCGGUGCCGAUUACGCCACGAUCGGGAACCUGUUCGGCGUGCACAAAGCGACGGUCAAAAACUGCGUCCAUCAGUUCUGCAAAUCGAUAGUGAAGAAUUACAUGGAUUCUGAGAUCUACCUGCCCGACACCGAAGAAAUGGCUGAGAUCAGCAAAGGCUAUGAGGAGAAAAGCGACAUUCCACUGAUAAUUGGUGCGAUGGGUCGUACACACAUUCCCAUUACGCCAUCGUUGGCAGAUUCGAAAAACUAUCUAAACGCAAAGAAAUGGCCUUCUUUGAUUCUACAAGCGGUCGUAGAUAACCAUCACUGUUUCAGGCACAUUACUUGCGGGCAUGUCGGUGCAACCGAUGAUAGUGUCGUAUUGGGCGAUUCUGGUCUGUACCAACAUUUUGACGGGGCCGAAUUGCCAACACAGAGUAUCAACGGCACCACGGUAAAGUCAUUCAUCGUGUCCGAAUCAUCCUACCCGCUGCUUCCCUGGCUGCAGCACACUUACGUGACACCGCAAACGACGGAAGAAGAAACAUUCAACGAACAUCUGAACAAAGCGCGCGUUUCGGUGGACGAAGCGUUCGAGAAGCUGCGUGUACGGUUCCGCAUACUGCAAAGAAAGAUCGACAUCGAUAUCAACUUUGUGCCGCAGAUUCUACUGACGUGCUGCAUUCUGCACAACAUUCUCGAAAAAAACCAAACUCCGUAUAUGGAAUCGUGGAAGGAAUCGCUGGACGAAUUGGGAGGAAAGUUUCUCCAGCCGGAUGGUUCGACCAGCACGAACUAUACGACCACGGUCGAGGGAGAGGCCGUGAGAGAUGCGCUGAAGGAGCACUUGCAAUCGAAGUAUGUGCUCUUCCGGACGAUUGAAUACAACCAGGUGUAUUUCAUUAGCGAAGCGACAAAUUAAUGAUAAUGCUUUUCACGAUUGACGAUUUGUUGAAUUACAAUUGAUAUAGAAUAAAUAAAUUGAUCACAAAUUCGUUACGAACUAAA